CGCUCGGCAUUUUACCAUGGCUCUCACCCGAGACCCUUUCCAGAAUCCUACGUUGGAUAACGAUGAUUCCUACUUUGGAAAACUGCGGGCUUCCGAGGUGCUUUUGAGCAGAGGCAAGUGGAGUUCUAGUCCAGAGGAACAAGAGAAACUGCCAUAUAAGAACCCAACUCACCUUGCUCAGAAACAGGAACCCUGGUGUCGACUCAGCUCAACUCCCACAAUCACGUCCAUGAGGCAGGAUGUUUAUUUUUUUGAUCCUGAGAUACCGAAGGAUGAUCUGGAUUUCCGAUUAGCAGCCUUGUACAACCACCACACAGGGACGUUCAAGAGCAAAAGUGAGACACUGAUACAGCAGGAGACCAUUCAGGAUGCCCAUGGAAUCAAGAUCCAAUUCCCUGGAGAAUUUUUAUCCCCUCCCCAGCCACCCACCAUCACUUCCCGAGCUAACAUCAGACACUGGAUCAACCCUAAGAAGGAGUCUAUUCACAGCAUCCAGGGAUCCAUAGUGUCUCCUCACACUGCAGCCAGCAAUGGAGGGUAUUCCCGAAAGAAUGAUGGUGGCUUCUUCUCCACCUAAGUGUUGACAAGCCCCUGGACUAAUUAAUCAUAGUGGAACAUCCUGCCGCCCA